AUGUCCAAACACAAUGAGAUCUUUGAGGAUCCUGUCAGCAAACGAACACGACAUGACACUGCCAUUGAGCCCAUUGGUGACAUUGGGUGGAAUCCACUGCUGAUCAGGGACAAUACGGCUAUGGUCGCACCAGAUUUCAAUUGUUCCGCUGUGGUGAAGGGUGGAGAGAUCAAUCGAUUCCAAUUAUCGUCAUACGCUACAAACCACAAAGCUCUUGUACUCUUCUUUAUUGGUAGCAAUCUGAUUGAUCCGCGUGUGCAAAUGGAUCUGGAUUUAAUCAGCAACCAUCUUGAUCGUCUUGAAGCCUUGCAAACACUCCCCCUGGCAAUGUCGACGGCACCGAUAGAGAGCAUGCAAGACACCUGUAAUGUGGGCUAUCCACUUUUAUCAGACAUAACAAGAUCCGUUUCUCGUUACUUUAAUGUGUUGGAUGCAGCAAAUGGAUCAGCAAAACGGGCCGCUUUUAUCCUGGAUCCAAGACGUCGAAUUCGAUAUUCCUUUAUGCUUGGCGAUGAUCGUAUCAAUCAUUCCAUCAAUACCAUUAUUACCUUGUUGCAGUCGGUGGUAAUGGCUGGGUGA